AUGGUGACUCAGUCUUGUUUCCAACUAGUAGAGACCAAGAAGAUCGACUUCCGAGCCGACGGUGAGAAACCAGUUCAACUGACUGCUUCAGUGCCAGAGCCGGCAAACGUCCGGCCUGAGAGCCUUCUUGAAUCGGCUUAUGCAACACGUGUCCGAGCCACGACAGUUAUCGUCACUCAGAGUGUGAAGUCAGCUUCGACGUUGUCAGACUACCUCAAUUGGACAUCAGCGAUCGAAUGCUUCUCGCUUGACAGAGAGUUCGGCAGGACAACCUGA